UAGUUUAAGUUCUGUUAGUGUUCACAUCUUUAUAUUCUUUUCUUUUGCUGAACUGAUUUUGUUAAACAAAUCAUUGUAACCUUGCAACUUAUUGUUGAGUAGUUUAAUGUUAAAGAAUUAGACAUACAUAUUUAUAUAUCAAACUAAGUUUUUCAUAAGUAACAAGAAUAUCAUCACCAUCAUCAUCGAUAUCUUAGCAUCCUGUGGUGAUUUUCAGAGGCGACAACAAACUGUACUAUGAUGGACCAAAUCUAUGGUGUUCUCAAACUUAGGAUUCAGAGAGGCAUUAAUCUCGCAAUUCGCGAUUUGCGUUCUAGUGAUCCUUAUGUUGUUGUCAGCAUGGGUACUCAGAAACUGAAAACUAAGAUCAUGCAUAAAGAUCUCAAUCCUGAGUGGAAUGAAGAAUUGACCCUUAUGGUUGACGAUAUUAAAACUCCAAUACAUCUGAAAGUUUUCGACAAAGAUUUGUUCUCAGCAGAUGAUGAAAUGGGUGAAGCAGUUAUAGAUAUAAAGCCAUAUGUUAAGUGCUGGAACAAAGGAUUGGAAAAACUCCCAAAUGGUUGUGUAGUGAAAAGAAUUCAGCCAAAUGAAAAUAACUAUCUUGCAGAAGAGAGUCCCUGUAUUUGGCACAAUGGGACUAUAAUCCAACGUAUGCUCUUAAAAUUGAGAAAUGUUGAGUGUGGUGAAUUACUCUGUGAACUUGAAUGGCUUAGUGUACUAGGUUCUAUGGGCUUAUUAGAGCUACAACACUUACAUGCUUAAGUAUUAUAUAAUUGCCC